AUGGCCAGAUUUGCUGUUGCUCUGCUCUGCCUCUUGGCAUUUCAAUAUGAGGUAUCUGCCUUUGGAGUUGUGAAGCAGUCUCCUUCGGUCAACUAUGGAUCGCAAUCUUCGACUCAGCUAUUUGCUGAAGGUGCCAAGAUUUUGAUGCCUGCUUUGUCUUCUACAAUGAAAGAAGGAAAGGUUGUUUCUUGGUUGAAGAGCGAGGGAGAUGAAAUCGAAGCCGGUGAAGCCAUCAUGGUUGUUGAAAGUGACAAGGCCGACAUGGACGUCGAGGCAUUCGAAGAUGGUUUCAUUGCCAAGAUCAUUGUCGGAGAGGGUGAGAUCGCCCCUGUUGGAGAAGCUGUUGCCCUCAUUGCAACUUCUGAAGAUGAUAUUGCAGCUGUCGCUGCUGGAGGUGUUGGUGAAACAGCCGCUCCCGCCGCUACUGAGGAGGCAGCUCCUGCUGGAGGUGAGUCUGUCGAAACUACAGAAAUUUUCAUGCCAGCCCUAUCCUCCACCAUGAGCGAAGGCAAGGUCGUCGAAUGGCUCAAGAAAGAAGGCGACUACGUGGAAGCUGGAGAAGCUCUCAUGGUUGUGGAGAGUGACAAGGCUGACAUGGAUGUAGAAGCCUUUGAAGACGGCUACCUUGCCAAGAUUGUGAAGGGAGAGGGCGAGAUGGCUGAUGUUGGUGCUCCUGUUGGUAUUCUUGUGCCCGACGAGGCCUCUCUUGCAAUGUUUGUUUCUAAACCAAUUUCAUUGUCGCCACCCGUUACCACAGGAGCAUCAGCUGCUGGCCCGCCAGAUGUUGAAUUCAGCCAAAUUGAUAUGCCUGCUCUUUCGUCCACCAUGAAGGAAGGAAAGGUUGUCUCCUGGCUCAAGGCUGAAGGUGAUCCGAUUGAAGCUGGUGAAGCCAUCAUGGUUGUCGAAAGUGACAAGGCCGAUAUGGAUGUAGAAGCUUUCGAUGAAGGUUUCCUUGCCGCUAUCAUUACUGAGGAAGGAGACAGUGGAGCCGUCGGUGCCCCAGUUGCACUCAUCGCCGCCAACGAGGCAGACAUCCCUGCUCUCAAAGCAUAUGCAGCAUCCCUUUCUGGCGCCCCUGUACCUGCUGCUGCCGCCCCUGCUGGAGCUGCGGCACCUGCUGCUGCUGCUGCAGCCGCUCCAAAGAAGGUUGCUGCAGCACCAGCUGUUGCUACUGGAGACCGUGUUGUUGCUUCUCCAAUGGCCAAGAAGUUGGCUGAAGAAAAGGGUAUUGAUAUUUCGACCGUCGCAGGAACUGGACCCAACGGAAGAGUCACUGCCGGUGAUGUUGAAGCAGCAUCCGCUGGUGGUGCUUCUGCCCCAGCCAAGAAGGCUGCUGCUCCAGCAAAGCCUGCAUGGACUCCAGCGCCAGGUGUCAUUGCUGCAACUCCUAUGGCUCGUGUUGCUGCCAAGAAGGCUAAGCUCGAUCUUUCUACCAUCCAAGGAACCGGAUCUUUUGGACGUGUCACCCUUGAUGAUGUCAAGAUGGCCACUGGGGAGAAACAACCCGAACGUAAGAAGAGCGCUGCGACUGGAGCUCCUGCCCCAGAACUUCCAGAAGGCUUCGUACCUUUCACUGGCAUGCAAAAGGCUGUCAGCAACAAUAUGGUUGGAACCCUCACUGUUCCUGCCUUCCGUGUCAGCACUGACAUUGAAAUGACUGCCUUCGAAGCCCUUUACCAAAAGGUCAAGCCAAGUGGAAUCUCUGUUUCGGCUUUGAUCGCAAAGGCUGUCGCCCUUGGUAUUGAGAGGCACCCCAUCAUCAACAGCGCAUACUCUGCCCAAGAUGGCGGCGGUACUCUCUUCAAGAAGGACAUCAACAUUGCUAUGGCUGUCGCCAUUGAUGGAGGUCUCAUUACCCCAACUCUGAACUACGCCAACGAGCGACCAGUAGCUGAAUUGGCUGAGAACUGGAAGGAGCUUGUCGGAAAGGCCAAGAGCGGAACUCUCUCCUCCGCUGAAUACACCAGCGGGACAUUCACUAUUUCCAAUAUGGGUAUGUUCGGUGUCACGGACUUCGGAUCUCUUCUUUCCGAAGGACAAGGAGCAAUCCUCGCCGUUGGUGGUACUCAAGACGCUGUUGUUCCAUGCAGUCAAUCAAUUCUUGGAUUGAAAAAGGUUCGCAAGAUGACCAUCACACUCACAUGUGAUCACCGUCAAAUCUAUGGUGCUGAUGCAGCCCUCUUCCUACGAACUCUCAAGAACAUCAUGGAAAAUGAACUAGACAAGGUUUCUGCCUAG